AUGGCUAGUAUUCACUCAAGUCAUUCUUCUAAAAAAGAAGAAAAUAAAGUAAAUGAAACCUCAUAUUCACUUGAGGCCCAUGAUGUCCCUGAAGAUGACUAUUAUAAUGUCGGUGUCACAAAUAUUGAGAUAUACUCGGAGUUUUACAAUACUCCUAUGAAGAGAAUAAUUCUUUUUAGUUCGAUUUUUUUGGUAUGCUAUUCAUAUAGCCUUGAUAGUACUUUGCGUAAAACCUUUAAGACUGACGCAACAAAUUCUUUCUCUGAGCAUUCUUUGGUAUCAUUUGUUAACUGUUUCAGUGCAAUAGUUUCAGCUAUUGGCGAGCUUUUCUUUGCCAGAUCAGCGGACAUUUUCGGCAGAACAUCCAUUUUUUAUAUAUGUCUCGUCUUUUAUGUUGUCGGUACUAUUAUUGUUGCUACUUCAAAAGGUAUAAGCCAAUUUGCUGCUGGUUAUUGUAUUUAUUCUUUCGGUGAAUCAGGUAUCGAUAUGGUGAUGCAACUUUUGGUUUCAGACUUUUCGCACUUGAAUUGGAGGUUAGUUGCCGGGGUUAUUCCAAUGCUUCCUAAUGUCAUUAAUGCAUGGGCCAGUGGUACCAUAGUAUCAGAUUUUAGCGAUAAUUGGCAAUGGGGUAUAGGAAUGUUUGCUAUCAUUGUUCCUGUAGCAUGUAUUCCUCUCGCAGUAUGCUUGUUCCAUAUGAGAUAUAUGGCAAAAAAAAAUAAAAAGAAUGAACUAAAGCGUCCUUGGCAUUCAAAUAACGAACUCUCGUGGGCGCAGUUCAUCAGAGAAACACUGUUUUGGAGGCUUGAUUUAGUCGGUCUCAUUACCCUCGGAGCAUCAUUGGGUUGUAUUUUGGUACCAUUUACAUUGACCAAAAAGGCCGGUAAAAAGUGGGCGAAAGCAUCAACUAUUGUUCCAGAAGUUAUCGGUUGGGCCGUCGGUUUACCACUUUAUAUCGUAUGGGAGAAAUUUUAUGCAAAGUAUCCUUUAACGCCGCUAAGACUAAUCAGAGACAGGGGAGUUUAUGCUGCACUGGUCGCAGUUUUCCUGUAUGAAUUUAUUUAUGUUAUGGAAGCAAAUUAUAUGGUUACCGUUUUACAGGUAGCAUUUAAUAAUACUUCUGCUGCAGCCACAAGAAUUAACAACUCUUAUGAGUUUGUAAGUGUUUUGACUGCUUUUAUACUAGGUUUCUUCGUUGUGUUCAUUAGGAAGACCAAGAGGUUGAUUUUGUUUGGUGGCACUUUGUUUUUCGUUUCUUAUGGCUUAUUCAUCCGUUAUCGUGGUGGUCAUGGCUGUUAUGCCGGAUCUAUCGCCGCCCUUUGUGUAUUUGGUUUCGCAAAUGGUUUUAUUAAAUACCCAACAAGAACUUCCCUUCAAGCUUCUGCAGGCUCUCAUAAAAGGAUGGCUAUGAUUACUGCUCUUUUCACCGCAAUUGGUAGUGUUGGUAAAGCUAUGGCAGCUGCUAUCGCCGGUGCUAUUUGGAGUGGUCUAAUGCCAGGUGCAUUAUCCAGUAGGAUUUCCAAUUCAAAGGUAGCUGCAAAGGCUUAUAGUUCACCUCUCACGGUAAUUAAGACGUAUGGAUGGAAUUCGACUAUUCGUAACGAGAUGAUUGAAGCUUAUCGUUACGUCACAAAAGUUUUAUAUAUUGUCGCAAUUUGUUUAUGUGUGCCUCUGCUAAUUGCCUCUUUUCUACUGAGAGAUAGAAGGUUGGAAAAUAAGGUAGCUUAUGAUUCAGACUCAGAUGAUCCCUCAGUUUUGGAUGAAGAGAAAAAAGUAUAG